AUGGCUAUUGCUGUUGCCUGCUUGAUUGAGAAAUAUGGGGGAGCUGUUGGUAGUGUGAUUGGAACUGUUCCUUCUACCAUUAUCCCUGCUCUUUUUAUUAUUUUAUCGGAUAAUUCGAAGAGUGUAGCUGAUAGAGUCAAUUCGGGACUAGCCUGUAUGUUUGGGAUAUUUUCUACGAAUGUAUGCUUUAUGCCCGUCUGGAAGGUGCUUCCCCCCAGACUCCCCAAAAAGUGGCCAAAUGGGUUGUCGGUCUUAGUUUCUUCUAUCGUUUCUCUCUUGGUUUGGUUUGUCGCGGCCAUUUUAAUUAUCUUAAUCCAGCAAGCCUUGGAAGCCAUUGGAUUGAACAAUCUUAUUUAUACGUUUAUUUUAGUUAUUCUCACUUGCUUCAUCGGUGGGUAUCUAUGUUGGGAUCUUCCUCCCACUCCUGCUGGUAAGAACGUAGUGAAGUGGUACAUCCAUCUGGCUCGAGGUGUGGUCGCCGGAACAGCCAUCUUUGUUAGUGGUGUGUUGAGUCAAACCGAUGCUGGCAUUGCUGCAGGUGCAGCCUCGACCUUCCCAGCCAUCUUCCUCACCACCAUGGUGUCGGUCUCUUUAGCGCAAGGCGCAGACGUUUCGACCGGUGCAAUCGGUCCCAUGAUUCUUGGCGGAGCUUCUGGAGGGUGGUACACGCUCUGCACAGUGGUGAUCUUUCAAUGGACGCAAUGGAACAUGUGGGUUAUUUCCCUAAUCUCGUUCGUACUGGUCGUGGUGUUUUGGAAUCUCUCCGUGUACAAGUUCGUCACGUGGAGACGUGCUGUGACGGCUCGUAAGACGCUGGAAUUGGUGAAAUCGAUGUCAAACGAAGAGGAGCUGAAGGUGAAGGUGGAGGCAGCGAUGAAUGCGCAGAGCGGAAAGGGGGCGAAGGAAGUGGAAAUGAAGGUUCUGGCGGAGGAUGGAACUGCUCAGACGAAGAACGCGAUGGGCGAAGAAGGGGAGAAAGGGCCGGAUCUGGAGAAUGGAGAGGGAUUCGGAGAGAAGGCCGAUGCAUUGGCCGAUCGCGCGGUCAUUCCGCCCUCCGAAAACGAAAGGAGUGGUAGUGCGAACAAUGCGAGUUCUGCGAGUUCUGCGAGUUCUGCGAGUUCUGCGAGUUCUGCGAGUUCUGCGAGUUCUGCGAGUUCUGCGAGUUCUGCGAGUUCUGCGAGUUCUGCGAGUUCUGCGAGUUCUGCGAGUUCUGCGAGUUCUGCGAGUUCUGCGAGUUCUGCGAGUCCCGUCACCCCUGUGAACACUUCAGAAAUACCCGCAGACACGGAAAUACCGAGUAUGAACAAGGAAAGCAGUUCGGAGAAUGCGAACUAG